UUCAGGUUACAGCCCCCCCCCUCCUCUUCUCCCCGUAUCCCCUCCUCACACCCAGAGCAGCUUUAUAACUGACCAGGGGUUAGAUGUGCCUCUUGAUAUUCCCAAAUGGUGGAGGCAAAAGUCAAGAGAUUUUACAGCUUAAAUAUUUGUGCGUGGUUUGUUUUUUGGCACGUUUGCUUCUAACCUGGACCAAAGGCGCACCCUUAUUUUGGGUGAUUUAAGAACUUUUUGAAGGGACAGAAGUUGGAUCUGACCAUCUCCUGAAUGAGCGUUUAAAGAUGGGACCGGUCUGUUGAGCUGUAGUGAGAUGCUGAUUUUUAGAGGGCCCUGUGGGUUUUUGGUGGCGGAAAGCAGUGUGUGGACUGGGUGCUAAGCAUCGAAGGCAAGCCGUGGAGAUGAGUUGGUGAUAGGGGAAAUUGAGAUUGGGGGGAAAAGAGGAGCGAUCUUUGUGUUGAAAACAAGAGCUUGCCUCCCUCCUCCCUCCCCCCCCCCCUUCCCGGCUCUGCUCUUCUUUGCGAAUGUGAUUGUUUUGUCUAUCACACGAGGCGAAGUGGAAGACUUUUUUUUUCUGUUCCCCUCCUGGCUGGGGUGGGGAGAAAAACAGGAGGGCUGCCGGAGCCAGAUGCCUUUCUGGACUUUGCUGGGAAAGGGAUCCCGGAGAGACGUCUGUGAGAGCCGGCUUAGAGGGCCAGGCGGGGAGCGUCAUCCAGACCCCAUGCUUUCCUCACUGAUCCUCUCUCUGCUCUCCGUCCUGGCAGAAGGGGCCAGCCUGCGGCCGAUCCAAACGAGCCACCUGGGGGUGUGCCCCAACCAGCUGAACCCCAACCUCUGGGUAGAUGCACAGAGCACCUGUGAAAGAGAGUGCCAGACGGACCGGGAUUGCGAGGGCUUUGAGAAAUGUUGCACCAAUGUCUGUGGCCUGCGGAGUUGCGUGGCUGCCCGUUACGCCGAUGGAAGCCUGUCCUCUCCAGAGCUGGCACGGGAGGCCACAUGCGAGAGCUUCGUUUGCACGCAGCAGGGCUCCAAUUGUGAUGUCUGGGAUGGGCAGCCCGUCUGCAAGUGCAAAGACAGGUGUGAGAAAGAGCCCAAUUUCACCUGUGCCUCUGAUGGACUCACUUACUAUAAUAAGUGCUAUAUGGAUGCUGAGGCUUGCAUCCGAGGCGUUGGCCUGGCCGUGGUACCUUGCAAAUACAUUUUUGCCUGGCCUGACGCCAGCCCGGCACCAACAGAGACGACGGCCCGCCCAACUCCUGGAGCUGCUGCCGAGGCACCGGUCCCACCAGCACUCUAUAACAACCCGUUUCACCGGUCAGUGUACGUGGGCGGGACUGUCAGCUUCCACUGUGACGUGAGCGGGCGGCCACGCCCUGACAUCACGUGGGAAAAGCAGAGUGACCGCCAGGAAAACUUCAUUAUGCGUCCCGAUCGAAUGUACGGCAACGUAGUGGUGACCAACAUCGGGCAGCUUGUGGUCUACAAUGCGCAGCCAGAAGAUGCUGGAGUCUACACAUGCACAGCCAGGAAUGCUGCUGGUCUUCUCCGAGCAGACUUUCCCCUCUCGGUCAUUGAGAGAGAGCGCUCUGGAUGGGAGCCGAGGGCACCAGGCAUCUCACGUCUCCCUCCUGGAGAGUGCCUGAAGGAACCGGAUAAACGGGACUGCGAGGCCUACCGAGUCCGCUGGCAUUUUGACUCAAAGAAGGGGUCAUGUUCCACAUUCCGCUAUGGAGGAUGUGGUGGUAACCGGAACCGCUUUGAAACAUAUGAGGAGUGCCGCCUGGCUUGUGCCGAUAAUGCAGUCGACCCGUGCUCCCUUCCUGUGGUGCAGGGUCCCUGCAAGGACUGGGAGCCCCGUUGGGCCUACAAUCGUCUGAUGAAGCGGUGUCAUUCCUUCAUCUACGGAGGCUGCGAAGGCAAUGAGAACAACUUCGAGAGCAAGGAGAACUGCGAGGACAUUUGCCCCUUCCUCAAGACGUCCCGCUGCAAAGCAUGCCGCCUGAAGAGCAAGAUGGUUUCGAGCCUGUGCCGCAGCGACUUUGCCAUUGUGGGGCGGCUGAUGGAAGUUGUGGAAGACCAGGACUCUGGCAUCGCCCGCUUUGCUUUGGAUGACAUCUUGAAGGAUGAGAAGAUGGGUCUCAGGUUCUUUGACAUCAAGUAUUUGGAGGUGACCUUGUCGGAUAUGGACUGGAACUGCCCCUGUCCCAAUAUGACUGCCGAGGACGGGCCUCUCAUCAUCAUGGGGGAGGUGCAUGAUGGCAUGGCGGUUCUCGACCCUGACAGCUAUGUUCGAGCUGCCAAUGACAAGCGUGUCAAGAAGAUCCAUGAGCUUCUGGAGAAAAAGACCUGUGAGCUUCUUGACCGGUUCCGGGACUAGCAUCAGUGGAUUUCCUCUGUGGAUGAGGGAGGAGCCGCAAGACAGUCCAUCUCUGACUGCCCUUGCUGUUAAGCUAAACCUGGUGGGGCUGCCCCUCUUAGAAAACCCACGUGUCGCUGAAGGGAUGGACGGAAAUGAAUCCUGAUGUCCUCACCCUGGGCCACCCUGUGAUCCAGCCUCCCAUUUUGGAACAUUUUGCGAUUAUUAUCAGUUUUCUGUUAUAAUGAGCUUCACUAUGCUUGCAACUACCUAUUUGUCUGUUUUUGUUUGAGCUGUAAUUUAUCUUUUGGUGCCUGUACAACUCUGCCCUGACCUGUGUAAAAUUAAAAGAACUUUUUGUGCUUUCCCCCCCAGGCAUGGGUUGUUGUCUUCUGUCCGUGUCCUCAA